CCCAAAAAUGACAUCCAGAUUGCAGGGGAGCAGAGCAGAGGGUGAGUGAGAGAGACUGAUAAAGAGAAAGAAAGAACUCAACAACCCGUUCAGUUUCAGACAGAGAACAGAGAAAAUCAGCAAGCGCAUGUUUUAUUACAGCUUCAUACUCGGCAUCUUGUGGACUAUUCCGACUUUAGAAAUGUAGUUGGAUACAAAGAAAACCUGAGAAGAAUACACCAAUGUGUUUUUGAAAACCAAAGCGUUAGCAUAAACGUUUCCUCUUUCUUGACAGCGUGGUAGAACGGAAAACCCCUUGGUUUGAACUCUGUGCUCCUCUCUCCAGUUUUGUGAAGAAUACUGUCUGCUACAAUCCAACCGUCAAGAUGUGUGACCUGAUGCCAGCUUCGCAACCUGCUGAAAAAAUCGGCAAAAUGAAAAAGUUGCGAAGAACUUUGUCAGAGAGCUUCAGUCGCAUAGCUUUCAGGAAAGAGGACAGUGGCUUUGAUGAGAUAUGUGUCACAAAGAUGUCCACACGCAGCGGCCAGGGAAAGGACUCGGUCAUCACGCCCCUGGACACCAUCCCUGAGGACAGGAAGGUAAGGGUUCAGCGGACACAGAGCGGUUUCGACGCCUUCGAGAAACCAGCCAGCCAGGUGAAGAGGGUGCACUCAGAGAACAAUGCCUGUAUCUCCUCCAAAGCCUCCUCUACCGGGAAAGAGUCGCCCAAACUGCGCCGACACUCCAGCCCCAGCUCUCCCACAAGCCCCAAGUUCGGGAAGGCUGAUUCCUAUGAGAAGCUUGAGAAACUGGGAGAAGGCUCAUACGCUACAGUAUACAAAGGGAAAAGCAAGGUGAACGGCAAGCUGGUGGCCCUGAAAGUGAUUCGUCUGCAGGAGGAGGAGGGGACACCGUUCACCGCCAUUAGAGAAGCGUCUCUUCUGAAAGGUCUGAAGCACUCCAACAUCGUGCUGCUCCAUGACAUCAUCCACACCAAGGAAACCCUGACGCUGGUCUUUGAGUAUGUGCACACAGAUCUGUGCCAGUACAUGGACAGGCACCCAGGAGGGCUGCAUCCAGACAAUGUGAAGUUGUUCCUGUACCAGUUGUUGAGAGGUCUGUCCUACAUCCACCAGAGGUAUAUCCUGCACCGCGACCUCAAGCCUCAGAACCUGCUCAUCUCUGACACUGGAGAACUCAAACUGGCCGACUUCGGUCUUGCUCGGGCUAAGUCAGUCCCCAGCCACACCUACUCCAAUGAGGUGGUGACCCUGUGGUACCGCCCCCCUGAUGUCCUCCUGGGAUCCACAGACUACUCCACCUGCCUGGACAUGUGGGGUGUGGGCUGCAUCUUCAUCGAGAUGAUCCAAGGAGUGGCAGCUUUCCCUGGGAUGAAGGACAUCCAGGAUCAGCUGGAAAGGAUAUUCCUGGUCCUAGGCACCCCCUGUGAGGAUACCUGGCCAGGGGUCCACUCCCUGCCCCACUUCAAACCAGACAGCUUUUCUGUCUACAGUUCCAAGAAGCUCAGACAAGCAUGGAAUAAGUUGGGCUAUGUGGACCAUGCUGAGGAGUUGGCCUCUAGGUUUCUCCAGUGCUUCCCAAAGAACCGUCUGUCUGCUCAGGCAGCUCUCCAGCACGAGUACUUCAGCCACCUUCCUCCACGGCUCUGGGAGAUCUCAGACAUGGCUACUAUCUUCACGGUACCAAAUGUCAAGCUGCAGGUGGAGUCAGGUGACAGUAUACAGGUGUGUGCCAGGACCAGCUCCAGCCAUGCUAAAGGGCCGUCUAGCAGCAAACACUGACCGGGGCAGACUGCCCCACAGCUAGCCAGGUUGCUGCUGUGGUCAGUCAAAGAGAGAAGGACAAAGACAGUGAGAUGGAGGAGCCACCGGGAUCACAGACCCUCUUCUGUUUCUUUUAACUUAUUACCUUUCCAACAGUGUGUGUGUGUGUGUGUGUGUGUGUGUGUGUGUGUGUGUGUGUGUGUGUGUGUGUGUGUGUGUGUGU